UUACAAUGAUAUUUUAUCAAAAUGUUUAUUUCAAUUAGUAAUUAGAUAAUUUAAUACUCUUCUAUCUUUGCGUUGAGAAACAAUGAAUAAUAUUUGUAGUAAAGUAAUUAAGUUCUUGCCGAUUGAGAUACGGCGAAACAUUUCCACAUCACAAACAAAAUGUAAAAUUGAACAUGAGCACCCGUUCAAUCGGACGGGACGGAUUUUAGGAAAUGAUAUGAAAACGGUUAAGAGUUGGUUUUCUGGAAAAAAGCCAAAUUACAAAGGUCAUGAUGGUUUUCCAUCGCAUUGUGAUGUAUGUAUCAUUGGAGGUGGUGCUAUUGGAUCAUCCAUUGCUUUCUGGUUAAAAAGAAGAGCGAAACAUGGUGUUAGUGUGGUUGUGGUUGAAAAGGAUUGUACGUAUAAAGAAGCGUCUACUGUAUUAUCUGUCGGUGGGAUCCGUCAACAAUUUUCUUUAGCCGAAAGUAUAUCUAUGUCAUUAUUUGGAGCGGAAUUUUUACGGAAUAUUAAAAAAUAUUGUAAUGACGAUAGUAUUGAUGUUUCAUAUACACCAAAUGGAUAUUUAUCGUUAGCUUCGUCGUUGGGAGUGGAACAGUUAAAAGAAAAUUAUAAACUCGGUAUAGAACUAGGAGCGAAGCAUUUACUACUUACUCGUCGGCAGUUAAAAGAAAAAUUUCCCUGGUUGAAUGUAGAUAAUAUUGAAUUGGGUUGUUAUGGUUUAGAAAAUGAAGGAUGGUUCGAUCCUUGGGCUUUAUUAUACGGGUUAAAGAAAUCAUCGUUGAACCAUGGAGCUGAAUAUGUAACAGGUGAAGCUGUUGACUUUGAAUUUAAAGCAAUGCCUGAUAUGAUGACGGAUGGAGUUGAACCUGGAACUUACGAACAUCUAGAUCGACUAAUUGUAAAACUUCCUAAUGGAGAAUUGAAACCUAUAAAAUUUGCACUUUGUGUUAUUGCUGCAGGAGCACACUCAGGGAAAAUUGCCCAGAAAGCACGAAUUGGAGUUGGUAAAGGUUUAUUAAGUAUACCUUUACCCAUUGAACCUAGAAAACGUUAUGUAUAUUGCUUUGAAUGUAAAGAUGGACCUGGUUUGAAUACCCCAUUAACAAUUGAUCCAACAGGAACAUAUUUCCGAAAAGAGGGUUUAGGUGGUUGCUACAUAAGUGGAAAAUCACCCUGUGAUGGCGAAGAAGAACCAUCUUGUGAUAAUUUGGAAGUUGAUCAUUCAUAUUUUGAAAACGUUAUUUGGCCCAAUAUAGCACAUCGAGUUCCUGCAUUUGAAGCCCUUAAAUAUCGUAGUUCAUGGGCAGGAUUUUAUGAAUAUAAUUAUUUUGACCAGAAUGGAGUUGUUGGACCUCAUCCUUAUUAUACCAAUUUAUACAUAGCUUCUGGAUUUAGUGGUCAUGGUAUUCAACAUUCUCCAGCUGUUGGAAGAGCAGUUGCAGAAAUGAUUUUAGAUGGUAGAUUUGAAACUGUGGAUUUAACAAGAUUAGGAUUCGAUCGUUUGGUAGUUGGAAAAGGUCUUUACGAAGCAGAAAUUGUUUGAAGAAAAAUAACAAAAAAAAUCUAAGUUCAACGUACAAACUGAUUUUUUAAUUUUUAUUAACAAUUAAAACAAAGUACACUUAAUUUGGAAUUCAUGUAACAUUUCGCUGAAUUACAAAUUUAAAUCGUAAAAUAAAUAAAGUUACCUAUUUAAA